ACCAACGUUAAAAAGAUCACGAAGAAGAAGGACGCUCGCCUCGUCGCCGGUCGCUUCGGUCGGUACGUGUCGUCAUUCCGGUGCGAUUCGCGGCAUCAUUGCAGAUUCUGAUUUUUAAAGUCGUAGUUGGAAUUACACUUUCUGGAAGCACGGUUGUGAUGGCAAAGAGGAUCGCAGAUAAACAGUUAACUGACCGUAACUGGGAUCAGGAGGAUGAGGCAGAUGAGGCUGGAACCUUCAGAGUCGCGAGCGAGGAUGUACUGAAAAACCGAGCGAUUAAGAGGGCUAAACGGCGAAGCAUCGGAGCAGAGAACGAAGGAGGUGGAGCCUUCAAAGGUUUCAAGGGUUUUUCUCUAAACACAUCUGCACCAUCUGGGUGCACGACAACGACGGUUUUCUCUGGUUUUGGGAGCAGCGGUGGCGACUUUAAGAGCCUUAGUGGGCUGACCAACGGGAACAGCAUCACUCCUUCAUUCAGCAGUUUCUCUUGUCCCGCUGCAACCACAGCAACAAGCACAGGAUUAACAUUCAAUGGCCCCGCCUCCACAGCACCCACCGUUGACCUUGCGGUUAAGCAGAGUAACGGUUCCACACCGAGUGCAACACAGAGUUCCUGCACCAGCAACAAGGAGUAUAGGAAGCAACUGACCGCGCUCAACUGCUCGGUGCGCGACUGGAUCACCAAACACGUCAACAGCAAUCCACUGUGUGACCUCAACCCCAUCUUUAGGGACUAUGAGCGCCACCUGGCCACUCUCGACCGCCAGUACGGAGCAGGAUCUGCUGUGCCGGCUGACAGCAGCAUCAACGAGAAGAAGCCGCUCACAGUGACUCCGCCCCCUGCGGCAUCAGCUUCCUCUUCCUCCAGCAGCAGCUCAGCGCCAGCAGCCUCAAGCUUGUUCGCCUUUGGAAAGGACGCAGAAAAGAAAAGCCCUGCUCCGCCCCCUGCUGGCGUCACCUUUAACUUUGGUCAGAAGGUGGACGCCUCUGUUCAGAGUUCUUUAGGGUCCAAACCGACUCUGACCGGUUUCUCCUUCUCCUCGGGCCAGACCUCGCUGUUCGGAGCUCCGAGUGCUGGAGCGCCACUGUCCUUCAGUGGGUCAAAACCGGACAACGCUCUGCCUACAGAAGAAGGCAGUGAAGAGACGGAGGAGCCGCCCAAACCCGAUGUCCGGGAGGUCAAAGAGGAAGACGCCUUCUACUCAAAAAGGUGUAAAAUGUUCUACAAGAAAGACUCGGAGUUCAAAGAGAAAGGAGUUGGAACUUUGCACCUGAAGGAGACGCUGGAGGGAAAAACGCAGAUGAUCAUUCGGGCCGACACAAACCUCGGAAACAUCUUGUUGAACAUCAUCGUGUCGGCGUCCAUGCCUUGCUCCAGAGUCGGCAAGAACAAUGUCAUGGUGGUGUGCAUUCCCAACCCGCCCAUCGAGGACAAGAAGCCGCCCGUCCCCAUCCCGCUGCUCAUCAGAGUCAAGACUGCCGAGGACGCCGAUGAGCUGCACAAAAUCCUGGAAGAGAAGAAGCCCUGAGCGUACAGGUCGUGACCUUGUAUCAGACUUGACACCCCACCCCCCCCACCCCCCCCACUUCUUAACGACAGCUGUUUUUGCGCUUGUGUCAUGCCUCACAGCUUCCUGGUUUUCACAAUAAGAGUUGUUUAAACUGUGAAUAUAUUUUUAAAAAAAAUCAUAAAUCUCAUCAGCCAGAAGAUGUUCAGAAGCGAGAUGCUCUCGACAUUCCUCCUGUUUGACGCUGCUGUUUGACCGUGGAUUCUGUAGGGCCACAUAACAGGGAAUCAGGUGUUUUGUUUUUGUUUUUUUUGGGGGGGGGGGGGGGGGGGGGAUAAGUAACUGAGGAUCAAAAUUUGAGUAAAGUCAUUGCGAUAAAGUUGAGACUGAAGUCUUAAUGUAGAAGAGGAAAUAUUUACAUGAAUAUUUUCAUAAUGUCAACUUUCUUGAAAUAUCAACAUUUUUGUAUUUUGCCAAAAUAAGAAAUUAAUCUUCAGAACUCGAGUUGCAUCACAAAGCAGGUUUUUGAGAAUAUUUUUGUGAAAUAACACCAUUCCAAAUUGAGCAGCUGUUUGAGAACCAUUGUGUAGAAACUGGACUAAAAAAAGAAAAAAAAAAAAUCAGUGAGAAACAAGUAGUCACAAAGAAAUCAUGAGGUUUUACUGAAAACACUCAAAUGUUCCAUUUCUCUUUGGGACCUCCCCCCACCACCUUGUCCCCCACUAUGACUGAACUAAAGGUUUCAUGUUUAAUCAGUUAAACUCUGAAAGUAAAAAUGGUUUUAUACGAUUUCAUGAGAUUUUUAAAUGAAUCCUAAUGGUAUGAGGAUUUUUCUGUGUAACAAACACCCAGUAAGGAGACUUUUUUUUGUUGUUUCUGUAAAAUUUGACUAUUUGCCUAAUAUUAAAGAUUUUUUUUUUUUUGGAUUUCAAAAACACUCAAAAUGCCACAUUAUGAAAUUUCAACAGUGAGGCUUAAAGUUGAGAAAAGGUUAUUUUACAAAUAUUUCUUUUAGAAAUUCUCCUUCGAACCGUGGCCCUGGUUCUCCAUCAUGUGUCAGAUUGUAUGUUUUAAUUUUACUGUUAUGAAUUCUGUAGCAUUUGAGUGUGAAUCUGAAAGUUAUGCGAGGAGCUUCAAGGGUUUUUUGGAAGUGUAACCUCUUAAGUGGUAAAAGCAAUGCAGUGAAUUUGAUUUUACAAAUGAUAUCUUAUUUUUGGUGAAAGAGGUUGAUGUUUCCUUCCUAUGAAGCGGAUCAGGAUCGAGUCCUAAAAGCAUCUGUUUGGGCCUGAACACACUUCGGUUCUUUUGGGACUCUGUUCUGAUCUCCGUGCGCCUGCAGAGAAUUUUUUGGGGCUAUGGAAACUAUUUAUUGUGUCGGAGGGUUUCAUAGUUUACACGUGAAUGUUUCCUAAAGUGGCUUUUGUGUGUGUGUCCAUUUUUGUGGCUUCGUCCUUUUCCAGGGACAUCACAAUGUUUAUUGGACAAUAAAAGGAAACAAACAUG